AUGGAUGAGAUGGAUAAUGUGAUACGAUCUCUGGAGCAAGAAUAUCGGUUAAUAUUGCUCUUGAACCAUAGGAACAAAAAUCAACAUAGAGCGGCUAGCUGGUAUGGAUCGUUCAAUGAGAUGAAAAGAAAUUGUGGACAAAUAAUAACGCUUUUUAGCUCGAGAAGAUUACAAGCCAAACGCCUUAAAGAUGUUGAAUGGGUCAAGUUGCACAGGCUAUUACAGAGAGCACUUUUUAGACAGUUAAAGAGAUGGUACUGGCAGUUCAAUGGCGUAAUUGCGCUGGGACAAUUUGUAACGUUGGGUUGUACACUAGUAACAUUGCUGGCAAAUGUGAGGGCACUGUAUAUGAGAUUAUGGGAGAUUAAUGAAACUGAGUUUAUAAGAUGUGGAUGCUUAAUAAAGAACUUACCGAGAACAAAAGCAAAAUCGGUUGUGAACGAUGUCGAAGAACUUGGAGAAAUUAUAGAUGAAGAUAUUGGCAACAACGUUCAAGAAAACGAACUAGUGAUAACGUCUAUACCAAAGCCUCUGACAGAGAACUGUAAGAAGAAAAAGAAAAGGAAAAAGAAGAACAAAUCAGCCAUUGAUGGCAUAUUCGGAUAA